AGGCCUGAAACUCUGUGUUGCACGUGAUGGAUGGAGUGGAUUUUGUGCAAGUUAAGCUUUUCCUCCCAAGUUAGUGAAAUUAACCCCGGAAGUUACUUAGUGGGAGGGAUCAAGUAUUUACUUAUUUCACCCGCUCUAAAGCCCUAACGUGCGCGCUGCAUGCGGAAGGAUUAAUCCUGCGCACUCCCUGCCAAUGGAGGAAGGCGAUUGCAGGGCGAAGAAGGCCGGCGGAGGUCGGCAGUGCUCCAUCUGCAAUCAGAAGAGGGCGGCCCUCAAGAGGCCCAAAACCCUACAACAGAUUUGCAGGGAAUGCUUUUACUCUGUCUUUGAGGAGGAGAUUCACAAUGUUAUUGUGGAUAGCCAACUAUUCAAACCCGGGGAACGUGUCGCCAUUGCAGCUUCUGGCGGAAAAGACUCCACUGUGCUAGCUUAUGUAUUGUCAGAGCUGAACCGUCGGCACAGUUAUGGCCUAGAUCUCUUCCUAUUAUCUGUUGAUGAAGGCAUUACAGGUUACAGGGAUGACUCACUCGAAACUGUCAAAAGAAAUGAAAUUCAGUAUGGGUUGCCACUGAAAGUUGUUUCAUACAAGGAUCUAUAUGGUUGGACAAUGGAUGAAAUAGUGAAGGCAAUAGGCUUGAAAAACAACUGCACAUUUUGUGGCGUUUUUCGUCGUCAGGCUUUAGAUCGAGGUGCUGCACUGAUGAAAACAGACAAGCUUGCUACUGGGCAUAAUGCAGAUGAUAUUGCUGAAACUGUUCUACUGAACAUCUUGCGAGGUGACAUUGCAAGAUUGAGUAGAUGCACCCUUAUAACUACAGGUGAAGAUGGGCCUAUUCCAAGAUGCAAGCCUUUCAAAUACACGUACGAGAAGGAGAUUGUUAUGUAUGCAUAUUUCAAGAAGCUGGACUACUUCUCGACAGAAUGCAUUUAUUCACCUAAUGCCUACCGUGGUUUUGCUCGUGAAUUUAUUAAAGAUCUGGAAAGGAUCAGACCUAGAGCCAUUCUGGACAUCAUCAAAUCGGGUGAAGAUUUUCGGAUAUCCACAUCUACUAAAAUGCCAGAUCAAGGAACGUGUGCACGAUGCGGUUAUAUUUCUAGCCAGAAGUGGUGUAAAGCUUGUGUUUUACUGGAUGGACUGAAUCGAGGCUUGCCAAGGCAAGGUAUUGGACGAAGCAGAGGCCUUAAUGGUUCAAAGAAGGAGAGCGGACAGAUAGUAUCCAAUACAGAAGAAGCGAGGGAAGCAAUUUCCCAAAGCAAGCCAUGCGGUACACUGGAUUUCUGAUUAGUACAUGUAUGUAGAUGACAUUCAGCAUCUGGUGGUUUGCUUUAGAUGAAAUUGGGUCCACCAUCGGAUUUUGGUUCUACUUCCGAUGCAUUUGCUGAUUGAUGACAGUUCAUUAUGCAAGAAAGAAAAUUGUUUCUUCUUCUUCUUCUUCUUCUUCUUC